UGCCGGCACCCAGUGAGUCGCAGCCAGGAUACUGAACUCACAGCGCUCCGAAAACUAGAAAGACGAUAGACGCAGCUAAAGACAGGCAGAGAGAGCAGUUAGAAAGACUUUUAGGACACUUUUGAUCUGCUGGGCUUCUGGGACUCUGCCCUGUGCAGUCAACGCCGCACUUUCCCCCGUGCCUGCCGCCCUCUGAGCCGGACCCUCAGCCCCCAGCGGAGCAACAGGAACAGGGAGGGGGAGGAGUCUCAGCAGAGACACGCCGGGGCCCACUGCGGCAGUGCACCCCCUACCCUACGCUCCUGCGCCUCUCCACCCUCCUUUCGUCUGGAGAGAAGACACUCCAGCGGCCCCCUGUGCUUCGUCACCCCCCUGUUCCUCCAGACGCAUCGCUGCCCCCCCCGCUGUGAGGACGAUCCGCCGACACAUGCCGUCAGGUCCGAAGAAGACCUAGAGAAUGAGGGGAAGUCCUUGAAGCUGAGCAGCAGCCCAGGUAUCGAGCAGCACGCGGACAAGGUCAAACUGAACGGCAAAUCCCGGACACCUCCCCCCCGCCCUCCUCCCCCCCGCUCCAUGCCUCGCCGACGCCCUGCCCCCCCACCUCCUGGACCUCCAGCAGCUACCACCAGACCCAAGAGCAUGCCAGUAGCUGUCACUGUGUCUCCAAGGCAACAACCGACUUCCACAAAGCGCCAAGCGCCGGCUCGGCCAUCGAUGGGGGGCAAACAGGGCAGCCCCUCCAAGACUGCCAGUCCACCGAUCCCUGUGCCGUCAAACCCCCCCCCUCCAAGGCCUAAGAAGCCCGAUCUGGAAUCUCACCGCUGCCACAUCGCCCUGGAUGAUGAGACCAUCGCCAAAGCUCUGUCCCGUGCCAAGCUUCCACCCUGCCAGCCUACAGCAGCUGAUGCUCUGCUGGAGGGUAACGCCGGGGGUCAGUCCACUCCUAAGGAGCGGGGACGCCAGCGGCUCAGUGACAUGAGCAUGUCCACUUCCUCCUCUGAAUCACUGGAAUACUCACAUUCUCCAGAAUUCUCCCUGGGCCUGGCCCCUAGCCCGUCCCGACACCUGAAUCACCAAGACACGGUGGAGGACAGCAGCGACGACGACGAUGAUGUGGACGAAGAUGACGAGGACUACGGGGUCAGUUUGGAGACGGACCUAGAAAUGCGCCACCGUCCGUCUUUCAAAGCGCGAAGGCGAAGAGUUGGUGUGAGUCUGGGCGGGGGGUCCUUCAUCCUGCCCAGGGCGCUGAAGGGACGUUUCCGCAAGGUGAGCGGCAUGCUGAGCUCCCUCAUGACCCCGGAGAGACGGGCGGUGAAGAGGAUCGCAGAGAUGUCGCGGGACAAAAGCUCUUAUUUUGGCUCCCUGGUCCAGGACUACAUCAGCUUUGUUCAGGAGAACCGAGGCUGUCACACCUCAGGGACGGAUUUUCUGCAGACUCUCAGGCAAUUUAUGACGCAAAUGAAGGCUUACCUGCGCCAGAGUUCCGAACUGGACCCCCCUCUAGAGUCCCUCAUACCUGAGGACCAGAUCG